AUGUGUCGAGAAAACCCUCAAGGUCUUGGGAUCCAAAGUUGCUCUUGUAAGGUUCACUCUAUAGACUCGUCAUGUUCAGAGCCCCUCUCUUCUUCUUCUUACCCACCUUCUCUCAGCGGGGGCGCUAGUGGUGGCGGAGGGCUGGCAGUGGCGCUGGAGGAGGUGCUGGUGGUAGUCGAUAAGAGAGAGAAGCAAGAGCGACGCUCAGGCCUGGCGGCGAAAGAAUUCAUUGAAAACCUGAAGAUCUUGGAGGGUGCAUUGGGUGACAAGCCCUUCUUUGGAGGGGAGAAAUUAGGUUUCGUGGAUGUUGCCGUGGUGCCUUUUGUUUGCUGGUUCCAUGCCUAUGAGGUCCAUGGUGGGUUCAGUGUUGCAGCUGAGUACCCCAAAAUUGAAGCAUGGGCUAAGCAUUGCAUGGAGAACGAUAGCGUUUCAAAGGUUAUGCAGGACCCUGAGAAGGUACUCGAGUUUGUGGGGGUUCUCAAGAAGAAAUAUGGGGUUGAAUAGAGAGACGUGUUAGAGAAAGAGAGGGUGUUCAUUUGUGUAUGUUUUUUGGUUAGGUGAGGAGGCCUUUUUUGUUGU